CAACAUGGGUUGUGUUCCCCUGCGGUGCUUCGGUUGUCAACCGUGUGCCGUCAGGCUGGCUGAGCGUUUCAGGUGAAGUCUGCAGAGACCCGCCGGGGGCCCGGUCCUCGCUGGAAUUGCCGUUCCCACCUAGAGUGAGGAAAUAAGAAGUUGGGUUUGUAACCAUGGGUGCUCUGGAGAUGUGCAAAACCGAGAUGGAAGUCCCAAACUGACUGUGAAAAAGUGGAUGCUGAGGGUGAGACGUUACGAUCUAAGCGAGUCUGGAGGCCACCGUGGAGGGAGGGCGCUGACAGUAGCGUUGAAGGCGGGAUGGCAUGUGGCAUGAAUGUAGCCAUUCCUGGCAGAGCUAAGUCUUCUCAUAAAAAUGAAGACCUGUCUGAUGAUGAACUGGAUGAGUAUGAUUUGGAAAAUUAUGAUGAAGAGGAAUACACAGGUGAUAUAAAACUUGGAGACUCUUUGGCUACUCUGGCAGUAUAUGGGAGUAAUGAUCAUGAUCCUUACAUCACUCUAAAAACCACUGAUCAAUAUGAACAGGAGGACUUUUUGAUUAAGCCCAGUGACAAUCUUGUCCUUUGUGGCAGAGCUGAUAAAGACUACUGUAGUUUGGAGGUUCAUGUUUAUAAUCAUGAAGAGAACUCAUUUUAUGUACAUCAUGAUAUUAUCUUGCCUGCUUACCCUCUAAGCCUGGAGUGGUUGAAUUUUGAUCCUAGUCCCGAUGAAUCACUAGGAAAUUAUGUUGCAGUGGGUAACAUGACCCCAGUUAUUGACAUUUGGGACCUUGAUGUAGUAGAAUCCUUAGAACCAGUCUUUUCUCUUGGAGGCAAGAAAGAGAAAAAGAAGAAAAAGAAAGGAAAGAAAAGUUUAUCUUCAGAAGGGACAGUGAAAGGACAUACUGAUGCUGUGCUUGAUCUUUCAUGGAAUAAACAAAGCAGGAAUGUUUUAGCAAGUGCGUCUGCUGACAAUACUGUGAUUCUGUGGGAUAUGUCUGUGGGUAAGCCAGCAGCCAGCCUGAUGCUACAUACAGACAAAGUCCAGACGUUGCAAUUUCAUCCGUUUGAAACUCAGACCCUUAUUUCUGGAUCUUAUGAUAAAUCAGCUGUGCUGUAUGAUUGCAGAAACCCACAAGAUAACCAUCGAAUGUGGCGGUUUAGUGGUCAGGUUGAAAGAGUAACCUGGAAUAAUUUUUCACCUUGUAAUUUCUUAGCAAGCACAGAGGAUGGCUUUGUGUACUGUCUGGAUGCUCGUUCUGAUAAGCCACUGUUCACUCUGAAAGCUCACGAUGAAGAGGUGUCAGGGCUACAACUAAGCAGUCAGAUCAAAGGGUGCCUUGUGACAUCAUCUGCUGACAAAUACGUGAAAAUUUGGGAUAUCCUGGGAGACAGACCAAGUUUAAUCCAUUCCAGGGACAUGAAAAUGGGUGUUCUCUUCUGUGCAGCUUGCUGCCCUGAUUUCCCGUUUGUUUUUGCCUUUGGAGGAGAGCGAGAAGGGCUGCGUGUUUGGGAUAUAAGCAAGAUUUCUGCAGUGAAUGAAGUUUUUGGAAACAGAGAGAGACGUGUUCUGGCUAGUGCCAGCUCUGUGGCCUGCAGCUCCAUGGCUGGCAGUAGCAGCAACGAUUUGGAGACAGCAAUGGAAUCGUGAUGGACCAAACAUCAAAAAAAUCAAAGUAAUUAAUGGGACUACGACUAAUGUGUAUUCUACAAAUCCCUGUUUGGUGAGAGUUCAUAGAAAUUACUUGAGUGUCUUGCAAUCUGCAGGCUUCUUCAUCUCAGACAAAGAAACAUGGCGAUGUGGUUAAGCUCUAAGUCAGCAGUUCUAAGUUCCUGCCUCUAUUACCAGCUUUGAAAGAUUAAAUCACUUGCUUUUGCCUGAGAUUAUGAUCCCUGAAACAGGGGCUACUAUGUGUAAAGUUGAUAUAUAAAAUGAAACGGACACUAGAAAAGCAUUCUGCUGCUACCAGAAGUUUGCUGAAUACUGCAAAGAAGGCAAAUAUCUUCUAAGGGCCUAAGGAAAAAUACUUCAGACAACAGUUGUGUAAUAAAUAAACAAAAGCUGAAUGAAAAGACAAAUGUAAAUAGAUAAUUUAUCCUUAACUUGAGGCUAGAUUUACAGAUUUCUAAUACAGUUUUUAAAAGUUCUUCUAUGUAACUUUUUUAAGUCUUAAGAGUAUUUCUCGGGCAGUAAGUUGGAGUCCCUGAGUACAAUCUUGAAAUUUAUUUGUAGCACCUCAGAUCACCAAUAUCAAACCAGGAAAAUCCGAGCUCUGUCCCAUCAAGAUCAAGGGUUUCUUUUCCCUGGUUCCACAGCACCUGAAGCUUAUUGAUGUUGCAUGUGUACUGGGUUUUUCUUCAAGCUCCAAAUGUAAUAUAUAGAAAGAGAAUUUGAACUGCAAUAAGGAGCUACUACUCAGAAGAGGAUGGGAGGCUGUCAGGACACAAAGCGAGGGUAGGGAUCUCAGCUGGUCACUGUCACUGGUGAAAGCUGUCGGUGUUACGUACUCAUGUUCUUAACUCCUCCCAGGCAUUUCUGCCUGAAACCUGAAGGCACAGAGGAACAUUUUGAGUAUCAGCCUAACCACUGACUUAAAUGCUUCAUUUAUAGCAUCAGGAACCUAAUAAAGGAAUGCGACUCAAAUGAUUUCCCCACAUUUAAAAUGAACACCCAAGUGCCUUAACCCCAGGCCAGAAGUUAAAUGAUACUCUUAUCCUCCUGUGAAGUGCUUCCCUCUCCACACACUGGAAGGUGUCUGUUAAAGUGCUGCUGCUGCAAAAAUGCCUGGGGUAUUAAAGCAACUGCUAUCAAAGCAGCCGUAGCAUCAGUGCAUGUAGUUGACAAGAUCUUACCACUGCUUUCCACCCUAGCUCAUUGUAACUCAUUCUGGUGAGGUAAAGCAGGUAAGUUCUGUCAGUACAAACUGCAGAUGGGGAACAGGCAGGGCUGUAGGUUUCCUUUCCAUCCCUUGAAGUUAAGUGACUGCUUCUAAAUCCAAUUCAGCUGUUUCUAGUCUGGUGACAGGUGUUUAGCAGGAACCAAGAAUAUUUUGGAUGUGUUGGGAUUUCUGCCUCAAUCCUUUCUCUGCCAAGCAAUAGUGAACAAUGUGUUGACAACAAAUGAACAACUGCUUUUGUGAAGCUUAAGAAGGUGAAAGCACCAGAACCACCUCUGUUCAAGUGCUCUCCACUGAAAAGCUCCAAGUUUUUUCAAAGCUUUCCUUUGAAAUAAAUGCUUCAUGUUAAGCUAUUUGAGGGUAGUAAUUUCUGUUAUCUCUACCUCUGGUAUUAACUGGCACUGUAGCUCUAGAAGUUGCUUUUUGUUUUAGGAAGAAAUUGCGUUACUGCAAGCAACACAUCUUUCCCUUGACUAAACAAAAUCCCUCAACCUGUCUUUCUGGAGCUUUUUACUCGCAUACUGAUCUCAAGCAUUAUGCAUUUUCAGGUCUGAAGAACUCGGGGAGCUCUCUAGGAAAUACAGCAUACAGGGAGAGGUACAGCUGAACUUAGGCCAUUUAGGGCAAGAACUGGAGCCUCUUUCACAAGAGAAGCUCUGACUGCCUCAUCAGAGAACAGAGCUCAGCUGACUUCUUUUUACAGCACAGCCAGAGGAGCCACACAGCAAAUCUACACAGUUUAAAGACAAGUUCUUACUUCAUGGAGGUGCUCCUACCCAUACCUUGUCCCAGGAAAGCUUGGGAGAAGCAGAUGAUGAAAAAGUGGUGUUAUUUCUCUUAGCGUCGUUAUCAGAAAUAGGAAUUUUUUUCAGAAUGUGUAAAUACUAAAAAAGAACAUUAGAAAAGAGC